ACUUGGCUCCGCGAUUUUCGCCGAAACGCGAGACUGCGUUGCAUUUGCCUGUGAAUUUAAAAAGUACUCGGAGCCUUCAGGAUCAGAGAAGGCGAAGAAGAUCUCCAUUGGGUGGGAUUAGAAAAAGACUCGGAGAAUCUGACUGUUGUCUCUGGAUUCAAGAAAUCUCGUUCUUGGAGCCUUCAGGAUCAAGGAAGAAGAUACCACUGAAUGAUUGGAAGAAGACACGGAGAACCUUCUGACUGUUGUCUCUGGAUUCGAGAAAUCGUGUUACUUGGAGCCUUCAGGGUCAGAGAUAUUCAAUAGGGACGGAAGAGAAGAAGAAAAGAAGAAGAAGAAGAUACUAUCAGAAGUUCUCACUUAUCACACAGCGGCGGAAAGAAUCGCGAAUGUUGGCGUUCGCGUGAAACCGAGCGAAGCGCGUUAUCGAGGCUCUAACAGCCGACGGCUUCGACGUUUUGUCCAAAGUAUGUUCCUCUCAGGACGCCCGUCGACGAUCGGGAGAGAAGAAGAAGCGGAGCGAAGCGGAGCCAAGACGAUCUGUUGACAGCGAGAUUGUGACGCGUAACCGGCGCAUUGGUUUUUUUUUUGUUCUCAAAAGGGAUCCGUUAUCGAAUUGAGAUCACCGCCACGCGCGCGCGCGUGUGUGUGUGUGUGUUGUGUGUAUCCGCGAGUCAUCGUACACGUACGAUAUGUGAGAGAAAAGUGUGACAAGGAUAAGUCGUGGUAAAAAGAAAAAAAGAAAGAAAGAUUUUCCUUCUCCAGCCGGAGUGGACAGCGCGAGUUCGUCAACUCUUUCACGCCACUUAAUCCGGCCCGAGACUCUGCGUUUGUGUUUAAGUGUGUCUGUGUGCUUUUGUGCCGUCGUAAGCGAACCUCCACAAGCCAUGGAAGCAUCCGGAGUGAUUGCGGAGAGGCUCCUGGGGAUGAGGCUCGUCGGGAUGAGAUUCCUGGUGCUCGUCGCCGCCUGCUUGAUUCCGACCAUAAAAGGCGACGGACAAUACUUUCGGGUCAGGCCGAGCAAUAGUUCCGUGCUGGAAGGCGGCGAGGUGACAAUUUCUUGCGAGGUGGGAAACCGAGUCGGUACCGUUCAGUGGGUCAAAGACGGAUUUGCUUACGUCAUACAGCAGAACGGCGAAAUCGUGGGCCAUCCCAGGUUGAAAUUGAUCGGCGAUCAGAACGCCGGUAUUUUCAACCUGAAAAUCACCGACGCGUCUCUGACCGACGACGGCGAGUACGAGUGUCAAGUCGGACGAUAUCUGCGUGUCAAGCCAAUUCGCGCCAGCGCUCACCUAAUCGUCACCUCACCUCCGCAGAAGGUGGCAAUCAGUAAUCAUCCGAAGAAGCAGGUAAUCGAGGUGAAGGUGGGCGAAUCGCGGCGCUUAGAGUGUAUCGUUAGCGCGGCGAAACCAGCCGCCUCGAUCAUUUGGUACCGCGGAAACACGCAGAUCAAGGGCGGCGACACCACUAUCGCCGCAAUCUCCAUCCAGGGUGACAAGGAGAAGCCUGGGGAGACGAAGGAAUUGCUCAAAUACGACACUCACGGUUCUAUUACCAUCAUGCCUACGGCGGAUGAUAAUGGGAUGGAUUACACCUGCGAGGCCAGCCACCCGGCAAUUCCCAUAGAUAGGCCUAUGCGGGCUACCAUUACACUUUCCGUUUUCUAUCCACCUGGUCCACCGUACAUAGAGGGCUACACCGAGGGUGAGACUGUGCAACGCGGUCAAAAUGUGGAGCUCGCCUGUCGAUCACGCGGCGGAAAUCCGCAGGCGGAAAUUGUCUGGUACAGGAACGACGAGAAGGUCACGGCGGCCCAUCGCAGAGGCCCAGGCGUCAGCGAGAACGUGUACUCGUUCAUCGCCCGAGCGGAGGACGACAAGGCUCGCUACAGAUGCGAGGUCUCCAACAUCAUGAGUGUGCAACCCAUGAAAGUACACGUCGAUCUCACCGUACUGUUCGCGCCUGCCGGAGUAACCAUCACCGGUCCGACCGAAGCGAAGGCGGACGACCAGGUGCUCAUUACUUGCACGACGGAGAACUCGAAUCCGCCCGCGGAUAUAAAGUGGACGGUGGACGGGCAUAAUUUCGAGAGCAACGCCUCGAAGACGGAGCUGGCACCGAACGGUGGCUGGAUCACCAGCUCGAACGUGACGUUCAGCAUUAAUCGCAAGAGCCGCAGCAUCGUCGUCAUCUGCCACGCUUCCAACGCCAAGCUCACGGAGAAUGUGGUCGGCACGCACACCAUCAACGUGAUAUAUCCACCUUCUAAAUUAACCGUCACCGGAUACGAAGAGGGCACGACGAUAGUUGCUGGAACAGUGUUGAAGCUCAUGUGCACCGCUACGGCGGGUAAUCCAUUGGCCACGUUAACAUGGUACAAAAACGACCGCAAGGUACUCGGCACAGUGAGACAGCGAAAUCAUGCUGUCUCGAGCGAGCUGGCGAUACUCGUCAACGCGUCCGACAACAAUGCCCACGUGCGAUGCGAGGCGACGAAUUCCGCCACCGAGAUCCCCCUGCUCAACGUUCUCGUGCUAAAAGUCUAUUUUCCGCCCGAGAGGGUGAAGAUUAACCGCGAGCCCCAGGAUUUUCACGCCGGCCAGGAGGGACGCCUAAUCUGCGAAUCGAGCAGCAGCAAUCCCGCCGCCGAAAUGUCGUGGUGGAAGAAUGGGAUACCGGUACCCGGCACCAGAAACAGCACCAAGCCCGGAUUACACGGCGGCUACCUCUCGUCCGUCGAGCUCACGCUAGAUUUAACCGAGGACAUGAACGGCGAAGUGUACACCUGCGAGGCCAAGAACGCCGAAUUGGGGAGAUCUAGCCACGACGCUACGACACUGGAUGUGCUAUACAAGCCGAUAUUCUCACCACUGGACCCUUACGAAUUAACCGGCCUGGAAGGAGAGCCUUUUGUAAUUUCCGUAUCGGCAAGAGGCAAUCCGAACACGACGGAAUACACGUGGACAAGGGAUGGUCUACCGUUGGGUAGUAGCGGUAAGAGAAUAACAGCACACGGUUCUACGCUAAAUAUCACGAGAUUGGAUCGUCAUGAUGCCGGUACAUAUAUAUGCGAAGCGCUGAACAAGGAAGGAACCACCUUUUACCAGCUAAAUUUGACCGUGCAGUAUCCAGCUAAAAUCAAGCGUACUUCCUCGUCAGGGAUAGUUUAUCCACCGGGUAUCGAAGCAAAGCUGUUUUGUGAAGUCGACGGCAGUCCGAUCGGCGACGAGUAUGUCACAUGGCAGAAAAUAGGAUCGAAUCCUGAGUUGCCGGGACGUUACUCGACAUCAUUCAUUAAUCGGACGUCGUAUCUUCACAUAGAAAAUCCCAGCCAAGAAGACGUUGGCGAGUAUCGAUGCAAGGUCAACAACGGCAUUGGCAACAUAACAUCGGAUCCUAUUCUAUUUAUUACUAAUUUUAAACCAGAAAUGACGAACACCCCGCUGACGCGAAAGGCAGCGGCGAACAAAGGAAUAAACGUCCAAUUGUUCUGCAAAGCGCGAGGAUCUCCAUUGCCGCAUUUCACUUGGAUCUUCAAUGGGAAAACUUUAUUGCCGAAUGCAACCGAGGAUAAAUACAGUAUCACUCACAGCGAUCUAUCGGAACUUUAUUCGGAAACAACGUUGACCAUCUACAAAGUGAGAUCGCAGGAUUACGGAAAGUACGAAUGUCUUGCCCAAAAUAAAAUGGGACACUCCACAGAAAAUAUACUUUUGGACGUCACUUCACCGCCGGACAAGCCGAGCGACUUGGAAGUCUACAACUAUACGCACGACUCAGUCACGUUGAUUUGGAAACGCGGUUUCGACGGCGGUUUGCCGACGUCUCAUCAAAUACGAUGGCGACAAGCGCUGGAUUACGACGAUCGUUAUCACUACCUGGACGUCGUGCCCGGCGAAUACAAGGCUACUAUAUCCGGCUUGUCGCUAGGGACUUAUUACGUAUUUAGCGUAAAGGCCAUCAACGAAAAGGGAGACAGCGGUUUCUUACCAGAUCUCGUCAAAGUCCAGACGCUUCGCGAGGCGCCACCAACCGAGUCGACAUCAAGCGAGAAUAGUUCCUCCUACAUCAUCGUCAUUAUCAUCACUGUUUCCGCCUCUGCUUGCCUACUCAUUGCCGCAACCAUAGUCUUUGCUACAAUAAAAUCGAAAAAGAAGGUCCAACGUACCGGUAAAUAUAAUAUCUAUCAUGUGUCCUUUCUCUCCUUUAUUUCUCUAGGCCCGAAUAACGAGGAAAACCUGCCGGAUGUCCUCUCGGAAAAGGGUGACUUUCCGAUGAAUUAUAUCUAUACGUUAGCAGCGACUUCCGUCAUCAUUUUUAUCGUUAAUGUCUUCAUCAUGUCGUGGUACAUAAUACGAAAACGAAAUAAAACUCGCAUUAAUAAGUCGCAGACCGCGGAUAUGUAUGCACCGUCCACCGUCAAUGGCGACACCAUGACUGGCGAAUUAAGUUCGAUGUCGGACGAGAAGAGCGACGUCAACUUCGACGCUAAUGAUUACGUGGACGAGGGGCGCAAAACCGCAGCUAGCACGUAUUUAAUAGAUCAAACUAUGCAGGAUUUCGGGAAAGGCGGUUUAGAGAUGCAGGUUCAUCAGGGCACCCUCGGUCGUCGCAGCAAUCACAUGCAAACGUCCAUGAACAUGGACUCGCCGCCGCAGCGGACCACCGCCAGCGGGACUCUCUCAGGUACGUUGUCGAAGUCAAGUUACAUCGGCAAUCCGAGCCCGGCGCCGCCCAACGACGUGAGCUUCUACAGCGUGGAGAUGGACAAUGGCGGUCGAGGCUACAUAGGCUACGACGGGAAUCCGAGUCCGGCGCCACCCGCCAUCGAUCCAACCGGCGGACCCUACUAUCCCUCGUCCAUGGGUUCGACAGGUCACAUAAUGGGUGGGCACAUGACGGGAGCCAGCACCGGUACCCUGACGCGCACCAGAACGCUGCCACGUCCCGUACCACCACCCGACGUCACCGUGAUGACUGCGGGCACCAAGUCGCCGAUACCGCCAUCGGUGCCGCCGCCACCCGCCACGUUUGCUCGUGCCGGUACCAACAACGGAGGUCCUCAUUCGCAUCCGCAUUUGCAUCCGCCGCCGCCGUCCUGCCAGAGUCAUCCGCUGUCGACAUUUGCGGCGACGCCUAGUUACUCCGACAUCGACGGUCAUCUUGUCUGAGGCUCACCAAUCUUCGGGCCCAGCUCGACGCGCGGCAAAUAUCGUGCCAUCGCUCAGAACGACGACGAGGACCGCCAACCAACUACGGUCACGGAGAGGAGCACGCGUCUCUGAACGACGCAGAGCGUCGUGAUGAUCCUCCUCUGAAUCGUCCACCUCAUUCGCAUCGUCAUUGUUCAUCUCCCUAAACGACAGCGAAGAGGACGAGCGCGCAGCGACGGCUCACGAACGACGGUGUCGCGGCUGAAGGCUCUGGCACUCAUCAUCAUGCGCCUGAACAAUCUCCGAGGACUCUAUUUGGUGCACAAGAAACGAAAGUACGACGAAGUGUGUAGUGUGUAAAUAGAGAAAGACAAAAACAAAGAGAAAAUAAGAACGUUGAUGCGGGACGAGAGAGUGGUGCACCAGGUUCACGCUGUAAACAGCCUUUCCCUUCCACGCGGUUACUUCCUAGAAAGGAGACACGCGCGGGGCUCUCCUACGCGAUUGAAUUCUAAUCUUAGGGAUACAUGUAUGUAUAAUUGAAUGCUCGAUAAGGAGCGAUCUUGGAGAAGGAGAGAAAGAAAGAAUGACCGCGCGAUCCAACACAACGCGAGCGUUCUCCAAAAAGCUCGAGGAUGGUUCUACCGUUCCUCCUCCGCUAUUCUGCCUUUCCCUCCCCUCAUCUUUAUCGUUUUCCCUGCUCUAAUUCUUCGUCUUUGUCCGCUCGCCUUAGCGUUAUUUAGCGUACUCGCUAAACAGCGACGUAAUCACGACGCAUCGAACGAUCGAGCUCCAAAUCGACGCACCGAUCGUCGAGGAAAGUAUAUUUUUUCUGUAAAUACACGCAUGAUCCGAGAGAUAGACGAGAGAACAACCCCAUGAUAAUUUUGUUCUUCGAUUACUUUGUGCACGUCAGCACGUACGCUUCUCGUCAUAGCGAUUAUGUUUAGAUAUCACUAUGCUGAUAUCAACAACUGUCGGGAAAUCCGCGAGAGAUUCUUGAAAUAUCAAUAUGGGGAAUGACUUCCCUCGCUCUGACUGUGACUGACGCCGAAAUAGAUAUUACCAAAUUUCUAAGUGUGCAAUCAAACUUCACGAUCAACAGUGACAUUAUUGUUACUAUAAAUAUCAUGGAAUAUAUUGUCUUU